ACUAAAAAAAUGGUGUCUUAAGACAUGCUUUUUUUAAAAUAAAUUAAUAAAAAUAAUCUAAUAAUUUAUAAAAUAACUGAUAAUAAGCAAUGUCAAUUUUAAAUUGUUGUCUAUUUUUAUUCAUAAAUAUUAUUAUUAUAAUAUACGGUGUUUGCGGUCAAUAUUUUCCUCAACACAAUGACGAGGCAUUAAAAUGUUUGGCACUAAUUGACAGUUCAGUACAGUUGUGUCAAAACGAUGCCUUCAAACAGUGGUCUAUCGGUCCGAACUCAUCUCUGGCCGAUUCGUGUUGUUCCCGAUGGACACACUUGGAGUGCAGUCUAAAUGUUGUCAAUACGUCAAAAUGUUUAGAUCGCGAAAAACAGGAACUUCGCAAACAUUUUCUCGACGCCCGAGACUAUUACGAAAACGGGACGUGUCGUGACUACCCGUUUGAGAGUCCUUUUUGUUUGGUACCACAGUUGCGACAAAUAUACGUCAACGUAAACAUGAGUGAUGAAGACAGCCUACCACUACCCGAUCCGUUAACCAUAGACUGUCUCUAUGGUCUCAAACGGAACGUUCGUCAGGGAUGUGUCGAUACGGCCGAACUCAAGUGGAAUAUGACUUCAUCUAACUAUACGCCUGUCCAGCGAUUAUGUUGUUCAACGUGGGAUAAUAUUGACUGUCUCGAUACGAUUGCCAAUGUUAGAUGUUUGCCACAGGAGAUCAAUACUACCAGUGCUUAUUUGUUGAAGCUCGUCUUAAACAUAGAACAGUUAGGCUGCAAACAGGCUGCCUAUCAUAGUAGACAAUGUCAUCAAGAUAAUUUUGUUGACAAAUUGGCAAACAAUAAAACUUUACCGUCCAGUGUGACCACAUCAGCAAAAUUUGUUACCACUAGACAACCAGACAGUUCAAAAUCACCUAGUCCAACUAGAUCGCAUAAAUUUGACAUGGUACAGGUAGCACUAGAACGACUAAAAUUACACGAAUCGGUACAACAGGUUAUUUUCGAUGAACGUCAGACCCAUCACAUGACACUGGAUGAACAUAAUGAGCACCGGUAUCACGGAUUUGUGGCUGAAAUGAGACGUAUAAUGCCGACUGUCAUAUUUUUUGGCACUAUAAUAUUAUUGAGCUUGCUCAUUGUGUUGGCCAUACAGUAUUAUUUGUUUUCGCGUAAUUUGAUUUUUAAAUAUAGAUCACGUGGUAGUGGUGGGGGGAAAGUGGGCGCAUUUCGUAGUAAAUAUGAUGAUGCCAGAAAUUUGCUUAUUAAUUAAUUAAUUAAUUAUUCAAUUAUUUAAUACUAAUUUGAUAAUAAAUUUUACUAUAUUAUA